AUGCGACGUGAUAUGACGACGGUGAGGAGUGUCGUUGACGACGUCGUUGACGACAUCAUUGUGGACAACACCACUGUGACAUCAUCAUCGUGGACAACAUCAUCGGCAGUAUUCUCAACUUUGUCAUCGACGUCGAUAUCAACAGCGUCAACGGUGAAUGUAGCCACUCCAUUCAAUCGCCUAUUCGCGACAACAUUAUUGCUGUUGUUGCUGGUGUCGACACAACCUGGUCCCGCUACGGCCGCCUGCCGGUGGACCAACGAGGCUGGCAACGACACUCGUUCAGCGGAUUGCGCCCUUCGCGUGCUAGAUCCUACGGCGAUCGUCACCCUGGCGCCGUCCCUUGAUGGCGCACUUAAGUUACGGAUUCGCUGCAGCGAUGUGCAUCACUUUGAGAGCAGCUUGAACGCGCAAAGUUGGCAGCGGCUGGCCGGUCUGCAUGAACUGCACGUGCACGGCUGCAAGGUGUUACGUAUCCCAGAGGAUGCGUUUUUGCCAUUACCGGAUCUUAAGCGGCUCGUCGUACAGACGUUCAAUGCCGCUUGGGGUGCUGCCAGAUAUCUGGAGUUCGCGCCGAGUUCGCUCCGAGGCCUCCGCGAGCUUCAUACUCUGGAGAUCGUCGAGAGCAAUGUACUGGCGCUGCCGCCCAAACUGCUUUGCGAGCUCGACAAUUUACAGACUCUCAAUCUCACUGGCAAUCGUAUCCGCGACGUCGAUGAUAUCGGUCUAACAGUGCGUUCUGAGAUCAACGGCGGAUCCUGUCGCGCCGAUAUCAGGAUUCUGGAUCUAUCACGUAAUGAAUUACGGCAACUGUUUGAUGACGGACCGCUGGUGAGCCUGCGGCAACUGCAAGAGCUACAUCUGCAGCGCAAUGCGAUCACCGAGAUCGGCAAAAAUGCCUUACAAGGACUCACUGUGCUGCGUACAUUUAACGUCAGCCACAACUCCCUGGAUUCGCUGCCUGAGGAUUUGUUCAAAACUACGCGCGACCUGCGGGAGAUACACCUGGCGUACAACGGCCUACGUGAUUUGCCACGGGGCGUGUUCACCCAGCUGGAGCAGCUGCUGGUGCUGAAUCUCGCCAACAACCGCCUUGGCAGCGAUCGUGUCGACGAGACUACUUUUCUCGGUUUGAUUCGCCUGAUUGUGCUUGAUCUCUCAUACAACCAGCUGACACAUAUCGAUGCCCGCAUGUUUAAGGACUUGUUCUUUCUACAGAUCCUCGAUCUACGCAAUAACUCGAUUGACCGUAUCGAAAGUAACGCUUUUUUGCCGCUCUACAAUCUUCAUACACUCGAACUCUCUGACAACAAGCUCCAUACUAUAGGAGCACAGCUCUUUAACGGUCUGUUUGUACUAAAUCGCCUGACCAUGUCCGGAAAUUCGAUUUCGAAUAUCGACACGAUGGCGUUUCGCAAUUGUUCCGAUCUCAAGGAACUGGAUCUCAGCGGUAACGAGCUUACUGCAGUGCCGGAUGCAUUACGCGAUCUCGCCUUCCUCAAGACCCUUGACCUGGGCGAGAACCGGAUCAGCGAGUUUCACAACGGUUCCUUCCGUAACCUUCAUCAACUCACUGGUCUACGUCUAAUCGGCAACGACAUCGGUAAUCUGACUCACGGGAUGCUCUGGGACUUGCCGAAUCUCCAAAUCCUCAAUCUGGCUCGGAACAAAGUGCAACACGUGGAAAGGCACGCGUUCGAACGUAAUAUUAAAUUGGAAGCCAUCCGCUUGGAUGGCAACUUUCUGUCGGAAAUCAACGGUGUAUUCACUAGCAUCACUAGCCUUCUGUUACUGAAUUUAUCGGAAAAUCACAUAGAGUGGUUCGAUUAUGCCUUCAUACCUGUUAAUCUUAAGUGGCUCGACAUUCAUGGCAAUUUUAUUGAAAGUCUUGGUAAUUAUUAUAAAAUUCGCAAUUCUAAAGUGAAGACUUUGGACGCUAGUCACAAUCGCAUCACUGAACUCUCACCGUUGUCUGUGCCAGAUAGCGUGGAGUUAUUAUUCAUCAACAACAAUUACAUUAGCACCGUACGACCGAACACAUUCGCUGAUAAAGUGAAUCUCACUCGGGUUGAUAUGUACGCGAACAUGAUCGAGACGAUGGAAUUAACAUCGUUACUGCUGACCAAAGUACCGGAGAAUAAACCGCUGCCAGAGUUUUACAUCGGUGGCAAUCCCUUCAACUGCAAUUGCUCGAUGGACUGGUUGCCGGCCAUCAAUAACCAAACCUCGACAAGGGAAUAUCCGCGUGUCAUGGACCUUGACAAUGCCAUGUGCCGUACCUCCGGGCCGCGGGGAGUCGCCAUCGUCCCGGCCUCGACUGCACGCUCGGAACAGUUCCUCUGCCGCUACGAGGCGCAUUGUUUUGCCCUCUGUCAUUGUUGUGAUUUUGAUGCCUGUGAUUGCGAGAUGACCUGUCCAGCAGGUUGCAAGUGUUACAAUGACCGUACGUGGAAUACGAAUGCAGUCGAUUGCUCAAGUCUUGGAGUCGAAGAAAUCCCGCGUAGGAUACCGAUGGAUGCCACCGAAGUCUAUCUGGAUGGGAACGUGUUACGAGAAUUGCAGAAUCACGUGUUUAUCGGUCGUAAGAACAUGCGCGUGUUAUACGUAAACGCCAGUGGCAUUGAAUCCAUCCAGAAUCGCACCUUCAACGGCCUCAACAACCUGCAAAUUCUACAUCUCGAAGACAAUCGUAUACGUGAACUCAAGGGUUUCGAGUUUGAACGAUUAUCGCACUUGCGCGAGCUCUAUCUACAGAACAAUAUGAUUGGUUUCAUUGGCAAUCUUACGUUCUUGCCGUUGCGAUCGCUUGAGAUUCUUAGAUUGCACGGCAAUCGGUUGGUAACCUUUCCAGUGUGGCAAGUCACUUUGAACGCUCGAUUGGUCGAGUUAUCGCUAGGCGGCAAUCCAUGGUCGUGCCGCUGCAAAUUCCUGCAGGAGCUGUCUUCUUGGGUGUCAGACAAUGCGCAUAAAGUUAUUGACGCUGGUGACGUAUGGUGUUAUUACGGCGGCGACGCCAGACCAUCUUAUCGACGUCGUUUGAAUGUCAACGAGACCGCCUGUUCGGAUUAUUUCGCUCAAGGUGGUGUCAUUGAGAGUAUCAUGGUAUCGGACUAUUUACCGUUGGUAGCUGCCACUCUCUCAGCCAUCAUUGUUUUGCUAGUGAUUAUAGUACUCGCUUUCGUGUUCCGCGAACCGGUCGGCGCCUGGGCCUAUUCCAAGUAUGGACUGAGAUUCUUGCGCACGAAACCGGGUAAAGCUGUAACGACGGCGAGCAUGGGUCCUGCAGCAGCGAUGGCUGCAGGCUGCUGCGACGCCGAUCGCGAUCGCCUCUACGAUUGUUACGUGUGUUACAGUCCAAAUGACGAGGACUUUGUCUUGCACUCGUUGGCAGUCGAAUUGGAACACGGUGCGGCUGGUCUGAGACUCUGCCUCCAUCAUCGGGAUUUGCCUUGCGUGUUGCGCGCUUCUGCACCCGCACCAGCCGUCCUCGAGGCGGUGGACGCAUCUCGACGCGUGCUAAUUGUGCUUACCCGUGAUUUCCUUCAAACCGAAUGGUCGCGUUUCGAGUUUCGCGCAGCGCUGCACGAAGCAUUGCGCGGUCGUGCCUCCCAGCUGAUCGUCAUCCAAGCUGGCAAUAUUAGUAUCGAGGUUGAACGCGAUCCCGAGCUGCGGCCCUAUUUGAGAACGGCAGCGCUCAUACUUACAUGGGGCGAGAAGAGGUUCUGGGAACGGUUAAGGUACGCUAUACCGUCGUCCACGACAACUGCAAUUAUUGCUACUAGUACCACUACCACCACUACAGCCGUCGGCGAUGUAUCCGUCGAGAGCAAAUCGUCACCGUUGGUGUACAAACGCAACAUCAACACCUACACCCUGGACGGUGGUGUCGGUAGUCUCGAGAAAACCGGGAUGUCGACGCUGCGUGGCGGUCAACGUGCUGCGCUCUUCAAGGACGCCUCGUCGGCGUUGAUGCUGCAACACGCGCCGCCCGCUUAUUCGUGCGGCGGUGCCCCACUUCCCCCUAUGUUGCCACAGCAACAACAGCAGCCGCAGCUACCACCACCAUCGUCGUCGCCGGCGCAACCCAGGUUAACCGUCAAUCACGCCUACCGGGACGCGAUGCCAGCUAGUAAUCUCAUCACGACCACUGUCGCCACCACCAACACCGCCAACUGCGGCGUUGGCGAGGACCACAGGAGACCGCUGUCCGAGCACAUCUACUCGUCCAUCGACUCGGACUACUCCACCCUUGAGAGGACCGCCUGGAGGCAGCAGCAACCACCGCCACCACCGCCCCCGCCCACUUCUGGACAGGCCUACCUGGUUUAGCUCCCUGCGAACGAUCCCGAUAUCCCCGUGUGGGACUCAUGGGACUGUCAUACUGUCGAUCCGACUACAAGAACGACGAGCGACAGUAGUCGUUCUGAAAAGGUUGUGCUAAGUCUUGUCCACGUGACGCACGAUCGACAGAUUGUGAAUUUUCGAAAACGUUGCGCGCGUGCCGAGUCACGAACCCCUGCGAAAUAUGUGUACAUAGUUCAGGGACAUCGUCGCAAAGGACGAAGGACGGAGUAUUCGCAUAUCAUAAUUAUCUCUAGAGACUUUGGGGAUGUCUGUUGCGAUAAUGAUUGCGCCGGUUUCUUUUUUGCUCAAUGAAAAUUUUGAUCUUUUUAUGUUGUUGGAAGAUUGACAUUUCUUUACUUCUUUUUUUUAUCUCUUUUUCUCCUUUAUUUUUGUUAUGUUUAUUCUUGACUUUGCAACUUCCUUUACUUUAUACAUUCAUGCUUAAUGUAAUAAGUCUUUCGGCCUAUUCCCUUAUUGUCAGGAUUGCACAUUGCGCAUUCUUGAUAUAAAUACGAAUUUCGUAACAGCGUUUUGUGCGAAUGUUUUGUUCAGGUAUACAGAGUGUCCCCGAAUCUCGUUUAUGCAUAGAAUUGACUUUUUUUUUUAUAGAAAUGAACAAAACUUUGUAAUAAUUUUUUAUUUGCAUUUUUGUAAUUACUAUUUGCGAGUUCUGAACGUGGGAAUUAAGCGCAAAAUACAAAAAUAUUAAUUUUUUUUUCGGUGUUUAACUUCAAGAACUAUUCUUUUUUAUGUUCUCUUUUUUUUUUAACUCAGAAAACUUCCUGCAGAUGAGCUCUAUUACAGAUUGAAUAUCAAAAUUAGCUUGUAAUUUCCUUAAAUAAUUUCCUUGACUCGAAAUUCAUAUAAGAUUCAACUGUUAUUAAAAUGAAAGGUUCUGAGAUUCUCUGUGCACCUCUGUGCAUCCCGUUUACCUCAGAUGCUUUUUAGCACCCAAAGAUCUCAAAGUCCGCGCGAUCACGCGCGGAUUGUCAGGCCGUCUCUUUCGUGGCGGCGAUUUCACCUUCGUGUAAAUACUUCCUAUUUACGACGAAUCCGUGUAAAUAACAUUCUCUACUACGCAAUUUGCGUUCGUGUACGUAUGUACAUUGUACAUAUACAAACAUGUAACUGACACAUGUCGCAUUUCAACGUCCUCGCCGCAUAAUAGAAUCAUGAUGCUAGCUUUGACUCUGAAACUUUCGAGACUAGGUAGAUGAUUUUUUGUAAUUUUAUAUGUCCGCAGGGGAGAAAGAACAAGAAAGAUAGUAUGAGUGAGUGAGUGAGAGAGUGAGUAAAUGAGAGAGAGAGAGAGAGAGAGAGAGAGAGAGAGAAGGAAGAGGUAAGAUGAUUGUACGAUAUGUAAAUAUGUAUAUUGGGUAUAUACUCUUUAUCGCCGCGCCUCGUGUAAGAUACAGUUCGCCGCGUAAAAGAGAAGGUAAGAAUCGAGUGAGAGAAACAAAAGCGUGAGACAUGCGCCCGCGCGAUCCGGCGAGAAGCAAACCAUGCGAGCGUUUGCGCAUGUGACGUGAGACUUAACUGUAUACUUUUGAUUUAUUUAAAUCAUGUGAAUAAAUUUAUAAAAUAUGUUACUACUUA